UGUUUCUUGUCUGUCAGUCCGUUAACGCUCCGAUCACUCUUCUGUCAGGAGUCCCAGCCUGAAGAGACUGGAGUAAGGAUGGCAGUUUGGGACAAAAAGAUUCUCUGGGCCGUCAUGGUGGUCCUGACAGGUGCUCUGGGUCAAAGAGUGAACUAUCUAUAUCCUGUUGUGAACUAUCCAGAUCCUGUUUGUGGUAUAAAAGGAUCGACCGUGACCCUCCCCUGCUCCUUCACACCACUGAAGCCUGUCAGUGACAAUGGAAGAGAAGUUUUGAUUGAGAUCAUCAGAGUCAUCUGGUGCAAGAACCAUGAACUCUGUGUUUUUACCACUCCGUCUGUGUACGACAGCGAAUCAAACAACAACGACCCUCGUUACAGAUAUCUGGGAGACAAGAAGGGAAACUGCACUUUACAGAUCUCAGAUUUACAGAAGGAAGACGACGCAACUUUUCGCUUCAGAAUGGAAGCUAAUGAUCCUAGAGCAUCUUUCACUAACCAAUCAGGAGUGAGAGUCACAGUCGUAGAUCCGACACAGAUGAAGAUAAGAAGCUCCAGAGAUGACGGAGAGUUUAAAAGAGGGGAAGCAGUCACACUGAACUGUUCUGCUGCAACCUGCACUAUCCACCAACUGGAGGUCACCUGGUUCAGAGAUGGCUCCGCCCUCUCAGAGACUUGCCCCACCCUCCAUCUCAGCACUCUGACUGCAAAGGAUUCUGGGAACUACACCUGUGGUUUGAAGAAGAACGAGCGCACCCUCUCGGUGCCGUACAGCAUGCAUGUGGAGGAAGGAGGAGAGGGAAGUCUGCCUUUAAUCGUUCGGCUGGUGGUCGGGGGCCUGCUGGUUCUCUUCGCUGUUAUUGUGGUCGUCUGCCUCAUCAAAAGAACGGCGAAGAAGGCGGAGGACUCAGUCAUCUACAGCUCUGGAGCCAUCUACAGCACAGGCUUAAGACAAACCACACCAUGAUGGCAGAUACACUUUUAUUUUUUUUAUGUUUUUUAGGGUUAAAAAAAACCUUAAAAAUGUGCCCAAAAAACCUUGAAAAUGGCAACAAAACACAUCAACAAAAUUUGUCCAAUUUAACCUUGAAAAAGGCAACAAAAUCAUUUAAAGCUACAUUGUGUGAGAAUUUCUCCCAUCUAGCGGUGAAAUUGUAUAUGACAACCAACUGAAUAUUACUUUCUAGCCCCUCCCAUUCAGAGCGCGUUGUUACUCCUACAGUGGCCGAAUUAUUACAAGAAGUACGACUUCGACAGUGAGUGAUAACUUCCAGUGUAAUAAUAGUUUUACGUUAUGUUGGUACAAUUUCAUUGGUAACAUCAGCUAUCAGGUUCCCAAACAUAUGCAAGCUAAUGUUAGUAAAAUAUCAGUGCUAUUGUUAUUCUGUAUAUUGUACGAGAUUAAUAAUGUAAG